UAAAUAAAUAAAAUACGUAGAAAAGCUCGAACAGAGCACCCCGAGAGAGCUUGAACAGUAAGUCGAUCAACUCCCGUCCCUCGCACUAACUCUCGCCCCUCUACUUUGCCAUUACAGACAUGGAGUUCGUGGAGUACUACGAGCCCCUGACGUCCCUCCAGCGCAUAAAGUUGCGCAUCGUCAAGUCCGAGUCGCUGACCAUCGGCGGAAAGUUGAUACCUAAGUACAAGCACGUGUGCGAUCAGUGCGGCAAGUCCUACAUGCGAACCAACACUCUCAAGCGCCACAUUAAGUACGAGUGCGGCAAGCCGGCGAGCUUCUGCUGCACCUUCUGCACGUACCGGGCCAAGCGCAAGGACAACCUCAGAUACCACAUCAACAACUGCCAGAAGAGACGGGAGGGGCAUAAGAUCCGGGUAAAGCGUAGGUAGAGGAUGUCGAGUGACUCACGACCCAGGAGGCAG